UUUCCUUAUUCCUUUCUGUCCCUUUAAUUUUUACCUGUGCUCACACCUAGCAAGGUUAUUUAAAGCCUGGACACGCCUCCCUCCCUGCUUCAGUAUUGUUUCCAGUUUAGCAUACAGCUUCACAGACCUGCUGCAGGGAUUUACCUCUCUCUGUUCAAGUCCAACUAUCUGAAGUCGUUUUGGUACCAAGUGUGCCCGUUGUGGAAGACAGAUCUAUGCCACAGAUUGGGUUCGAAGAGCCCGGGGGAAUGCAUACCACCUUGCCUGCUUUGCAUGCUAUUCCUGUAAACGCCAGCUAUCUACAGGGGAGGAAUUUGGGCUGGUGGAAGAGAAAGUCCUCUGCAGGAUUCACUAUGACACAAUGAUCGAAAACCUCAAGAGAGCAGCAGAGAACGGUAAUGGAAUCACAUUAGAAGGAGCGGUUCCAUCAGAACAAGACAGCCAACCAAAGCCAGCCAAGAGGGCGCGCACAUCCUUCACAGCAGAGCAACUGCAGGUGAUGCAGGCUCAAUUUGCUCAGGACAAUAAUCCUGAUGCCCAGACUCUUCAGAAGCUUGCAGAUAUGACAGGACUGAGCAGAAGAGUCAUCCAGGUCUGGUUUCAGAACUGCAGAGCACGGCAUAAAAAGCACACACCUCAACAUGCAGUUCCCCCUCCAGGAAGCGCACCAACGCGCCUCUCCUCUUCACUAUCCGACGACAUUCACUUCUCCCCAUUCGGCAGUCCAGAACGAGCCAGGAUGGUAACAUUACACGGAUAUAUAGAAAGUCAGGUACAAUGUGCGCAAGUUCACUGCAGGCUCCCCUACGCAGCUCCACCUGUGCACCUCAAAAGUGACAUGGAAGCAACACUGUCAAAUAGAGGUGACAAGGUUAUACUUUUUCAAUACUGAAAUGUCGUGAGCUGAAAGUGACUGCCAGAUGUCCUCAAUGCCAGGAUUACAAGGGAUGAGCAGAGCCUAACCACCAACACAACAAACAUGCAGAAACAAACCCAGGGAAGCAUCACAAACUUUUAAAGAAGGCUCGGAGAUCGCUUUAGUAGAUACAGUAAGCUGUAUCCCUGGCUGUUUUAUCAUAUUGAAUUAUUUAGAUUUCAACAAUAAACUCCAGCAGAGACAGCAAAGUCAGUGCUCUUCCUCCCCCACAGAGAGACUGAAUGCCCCAUGCUUGAACUGUACGCAGCAAUAUUUGCAUGCAGAGGGAUAUUAAAGAUGACAUCAUACUAUGAUGCCUGAACAAAACUGUGAUAAGGAUUGCCAAACAGUAGAGUUAAACAUAAAAGGGCUUGUAUCUGGAUCGAAAGCAUGAAAAAGGUUAAGAUAUCUUUGGAAGGUCAACAAACAAAAUGCACAUCUGGAGUAUAGAAAAUGUGAAUGUAUUCUGACCAGGUGGUCCUAUAUGUGUGACCGGUAUGUUUUAGGGUCACCAAAUAAUGGUAGAUUACUGUAUAAGGCAAAAUUGUCUCUUCAAACUUCCAAUAUUUCACCCAUCCCCUGUUCCACUUCUCCAUCAAGCAAGUUGCUUUUUGUUUAUAUAGCCGCUUUCACUGUCUGAUACAACCUACAUUAAUUAAACCCCUUACAGGCCUGCCCACCUUUAUACUUCUGUAUUUUAUACAAGCGCUCCUUGCUUUGAUUACAAAAAUCAUUGUUCCAUCCUCCUCAAAUUCCACAAACGUCUCCAACUUCCUUAUACAAGCUAUCCGCAUGUAUGUAAUAUAGCCCAUCCACAUACAAUAUUGUCCAUUUCUCUAAAUAAGAAGUUCCAUCUAAACCUUCAACUUUGCAGACUAAAUAUGUAUUCUAAAAAUGUUGCCCAUUAAUAAUCCAAAUCCCUUAGGUCACUAGAAAGCCCUUUGUCUACAUCCAUAAAAAAUAUCACUAUUAUUUUUCAGAUAUUCCCUUUCUCUACCCCUGCUGUAAUGUUUUGAAAAUUGAGGGUGGCUCUCUUCAACAUUUACAACCCUUUAAUAUCAUUUCACUAGUGGGUCAUUAAUAGGGCUGAUCCACAUGGCUAACAAGGCAAAAGAGAACUAGCACUCCACAGCAAUGUCUGUCCACAGCGAUGUCUGUCGGACCUGAUCCGCAGUGUCGGAUCAGGUCCGACAGACAUAUGAUAAAUAAGCCCCUAGGGGUAAUUCAAGAUCAGGUGUCUUUCCAAACUACAGCCCAUGGGCUACAUCCUGAGUUGAAUUGUAAGUAUAUAAUCUAACUUUAUUUUGAAGUGCUUUGUUUAGCAUAAGUGUAAGUAUAAUGUAAUGUGGCCCACAGCUAAUCCUACCAUUAGUCAUCGGCCUUUCCAAAUAAAAAUUUUGGCCACCCUUGCUCUAGACAAUAACAUUUGUGGGUACAAAACAUUGACCACAAAGCUAAAAAUAUAAAGGUUGUACUGGGUACUGGUGUGGGACCUCCUACCUUUAUAUUAUCUGAGGGUUUGCACAGUAUCCAUAGCACCUGCUAGGACUGCAACUGAUUAAUACACACUUUAAUAUUCUAAUGUUCCAACAGUCAGCAAUUCUACGUUUGCCAUGUCUAGAACUAGUAGAAUGUGGCUACCUGAUAUUUUGUGUUGUAAAAAAUAAAAUAUGGAUGUGCUUAAUUAUGAAAAAAAUAUAAUCUCCUGAUAAACAAAAUGCACUUUUUUACUAGUUACCUCAAACAGGAAGAGAAAAUUAGAUUGAAAUAAUGAAAAUAAAGACGGUUUAUUCCAACCCUGAAGAAUAUCAUGGUUAGAGAAAAAUCAUCUUCAUUACGCUCUCUCGUGCUCUCACACAUAUUCAGAUGCUGUCAUUGGCUGCUGGAGAAGACCGCAGCUUUGUUCAGACACAUGGAAAAUGGCGUUCCUUAUAGUUCCGUGCUGUGCACAACUAUUACAGACCCAUAUCUUAUUAGCAGAUUCACUGAGUCACUAGCGUCCAUCAACUUCUUUUCUAUUGCAAUAAACUGACCAACAUCGGCCCAAACCUGUCAAUAUUCUCUCAUGUAUGUAGCUCAAAGUGGUCAUUGACAUUUGUCUGGCCAGUUGGGGGAUUUAAGUUUGUGAACAACAGAAUGAAAAAGCAACAAAUAAAAACAAAAGGAAUUUAACCCCACGUAGACAUCAAGUGGUUUGGAAAAACUUUGGAUGAUGAGUGUAAAAGUAACACAUGACGAAGAGUGAACAUGGGAGAGGAAUAUGAUAAUUUUCUAAAGCCUGCUUAAUUAGACAAGAUACUUGUGCAGAAAAGGUGGAAAUUGCAUGUAAAUGAAGAUUUGAUUAUAAUGAGAUUCAACGACUUCACCAGUUCAAUUUUCACCGACAUCAUUUCUACACCAAGACUUCUUACUGCGCUAUCGUAUUAAUGGAGUUAUUUUAAUUAUCAAAACAAAAAUACAAAGCUGCAUUAGAUGUGGAGUAAAUAUACUGUAUGUGCCACUAAAAAUGCCAACAGUAAGAACUAAACAUAAAGACCCCAGCUUACUCCUCAACUGUUCAUACCAAUGACGACAACCUCUAUUAGAUGCCACCAUAGAAAGAGAAUUGCUAAUUAACUGUACCCCUAAAACUAUCAAUCUGUGUGUGGAAACAAUGAACCAUUCUUCUGCCAAUGACAAUGAAUUCUGUGUUUUGGAACCAACGAGCUGCUGUCACUUGCAAAUAAAUAAAACUAACUCAAAGAGCAGUGGGGGUGGAAGAUCUUUCUAUUGAACAGUAAUAUAUUAAGGGAUAAAAGCACCUGAAAACACCACGUUAACCCUACUCAGAGCUGGUAAUAAUUAUCAUCUAAUCUUGUUCCCAUCUCCUGGCCUUAAACAGACCAGUCCUCGUGUGUUCUCAGUCAGCAAAUAAUGUACUAUUUAUUUAUAAGACCAUGUAAGCACUUUUUUAAACAAACGUCUGUUUUCGUUAUAUAUACUUUUAAUGUUGUGCAUUGUAAAUGUCUUGUGCAUUAAUAAAGUUUAAUUGAGUCAAAGUGCUGGCACUUACAUGAA